CAGACGUAACUUAAUCAUCUCGAAUGACUCAAAUAUCAUUUCAAUAAGUUUCAAUUCAUUCUUUAAUUAUUCAAUUGUAGAAAGUUCAGAAGUAGUGGAGCACGUUUGCGCAAACGUUCCUUGCCUAUACACACACAGUCAAGUUUAAGUAAGUAUUAGUCUUAAAUGACGUGAGUGCACAGCUAUUCGCGCCAACAACGAUGACAGCAGACGACAAUUCGUAUAAUACGCGUCGUAUUCCUGCCACGUUAUAAACUCUACGAAAUUGUAUAUCAUUCUGUUCUAUCGUGUCGACGCGACAAACGAUUAUAACGAUUAUAAGCAUGUAAAUUUGGAGUUUCGAUGCUUCAAACGAUCAAUUCUUCGUGAAAGCGAUUUAGCAUCUGUGAAAAAGCGCACAACAUGGAAGUACUGGAUCCCAGUGUUUCAAGAGAUGACCAGCCUUUGUGUGUCAAUGAUUCUUUGGAAAAAGUUACUAUAGCAGAUAUACCAUCUGAUACAAAAUCAUGCGUAAAAGCAAGGCAUACAUUAGGUUUUCUAGGAUUUCUUGGAUUUGCACUUGUGUAUGCUAUGAGAGUAAAUUUAUCUGUGGCUAUAGUUUCAAUGGUAAAUCAAACAGCAAUACCACAUAGUGAUGAUAAUGAUACCACAGAUGUUUGUCCCAAAGAAAAACCAAUUAAUGGAACAUUUAUACCAAGUGCAGGAGAAUUUAAUUGGGAUGAGAAAACGCAAGGUAUUAUAUUGGGUGCAUUUUUCAUUGGCUAUGUUACUACAAAUGUCCCAGGUGGAAGAAUGGCAGAAAAAUUUGGUGGAAAGCUAAUAUAUGGAUUAGGAGUAUUUCUGACAGCUGUAUUGACUGUAAUUAGUCCUUUUGCAGCUUAUAUAGGAUUAGUACCAUUCUUAACUGUACGAGUAGCCGAAGGAUUUACAGAGGGUGUCACAUUUCCUGCAAUGCAUAGUAUGUUAGCACACUGGGUACCUCCCUUGGAAAGAAGCAAAUUUGCUGCUGUAGUAUAUGCAGGUGCAAAUUUUGGAACUGUUAUAUCACUACCAGUGAGUGGAUGGCUUUGUUCAUUAGAACUUUGGGGUGGUUGGCCCCUUGCAUUUUAUUUAUUUGGAGGACUUGGCAUUGUGUGGUAUGCAUUUUGGCUAAUUUUUGUAUAUGAUACACCUGCACAACAUACAAAGAUUGAUCCUCUUGAAAGAGCAUACAUUGAGGCCAGUGUAGAAAAGAAGGAUGAGGAUGAUGAUCCAGGAGUUCCUUGGUUAUCAGUAUUUACAUCACUGCCCAUGUGGGCUAUAGCUAUCACCCAAUGUGGACAGUCAUGGGCAUUUUAUACACUUUUAACAGAAUUACCAACUUAUAUGGAUAAAAUUUUGCAUUUUGACGUACAACAGGAUGCAUUCCUUUCAGCAUUGCCUUACUUAAGUUCUUGGUUAUUUGGACUCGGUAUUUCAAGUUUCGCAGAUGCCCUUCUUGCCCGCCAGCUUAUAUCUCCUUUAGCAUCGUUUAAAUUAUGGAACACCGUGGCUUCGUUAGGACCGAGUCUCAGUUUUAUUGGUGCUAUCUGGGCUGAAUGUAAUCGUAUGACGGUUAUGAUGAUGCUCGCUGGAUUAGGAUCUCUACAAGGUGCAGUUUAUGCAGGAAAUCAAAUGAAUCACAUUGCUUUAGCACCACGAUAUGCGGGUACUCUUUAUGGACUGACAAAUGCUGCAGCAAAUGCUUGUGGAUUUUUAGCUCCAUACGUUAUUGGAAGAAUAGUCCAAGGACACGAAACACUGGCUCGAUGGCAUACAGUAUUCUGGUUGGCAGCAGGGAUAAAUAUGGCAACCAAUUGCUUUUAUUUAAUUUUUGCAUCUGCCACAGAACAACCAUGGAGUAAAGGUAGAAGUUGAUGACAAAAUUUCGUUGGACAUGAAGUAUUUAGUACGGAAAAUAAUUUAUCCUUAGACCGAAUUGCGCUCAGUUCAUUCUAGCUAAUUAUUAUGUUGACCACUUCCAUUAUUUAGGCACAAAGCUCUUUUUGUUCAAUAUAAUGACAAUUUUUUAUUGAAUGGAAUACUAUUCCAUAAUAUUGAAAUGUAUAAAUAUUGAAUAAUUUAUGUUGUCUUGAUAAAAUGAUAUAGAAGUAUAUUAACUAAAAUUUGUUUGCAUCAGUAUUGUGUUAAUGAAGUUUAAGUUUAGAACUUAUAUCAUUCCAAUGAAAUUAUUCAUAUGACAAUAUGAUUUUUUAAAAACUUUAAUUAAUGAAACGCUUAAUUUUUUAUA